GAACGAAUUAUUUACUAGUGUAUGUAAAUGAUACAGUCGAGCUGUAACGCAAAAUUAUAUCAGUAGAAAUUUUGGUCGUUCUCUCAAUCCUCUAUUCUUCAUCUUUUCUUCACACUAAAGCGAUUCAACGAAGUUUUUCAUAUCAAUUCUUGUUGUUUACCAGCAAUUUACCUGCUACAAUACAACUUCUCGAAGCUUUCUCGUUCUCUCAUUUCACAAUGAGUCCUGAUCUUCCACCCAACGCUGCAUGGGCAGCUAAUGCUUUUGCUCCAGGAAAGAAGAAGUCCACCAUGUCUACUACCACCAAGAACGGACAUUCUCCUUUCGGCACUCCAGCUCCAGUCCUCCCUCCUCCCGCCAAUCUUCCUCCAGCGGUCGCUCCACCAAAACGCAAUAAUGGCACCCCAUUCUCAAUGGCAGGUAGCCAAUUUAGCCAACCAGCAACCUCUUCUCUGGCAUCAACUCCUCCCGCUAAUCCUCCUCCAGCAGUCGCUCCACCAAAACGCAAUAAUGGCACCCCAUUCUCAAUGGCAGGUAGCCAAUUUAGCCAACCACCAACCUCCUCUCCGGCACCAGCUCCUCACCUUCCACCACCAUACGUUCCAUCAUCCUUUCUUCCAACAACAGCGGCGGCUGCUCCAAUUCCAUACGGAAAUCUUCCUCCUUAUACCCCGUCUACCAACCCAUCUGCCCUCGUACCAGCUUUCCCGCCUUUCCUUCCCCAGGUCUCUUCGGCACCAGUAUCAGCGCCAGCUUUCUCGGCUUCUUCUCCGUUGACCUCUCUUCCGCCUCCACAAAUGCCUUCCGCUGUCGCACCCCCAGCGGCAGCGGUAAUGUUUGGCUCGACCCCUUUCUCCUUCUCCUUCGCUACUCCCGUACCAGCAACAGCGCCAGCACCGAAUCCUGUCGCUUCGAACCUCUUCUCUUCUGUUUUUGGCCAACCCGCGCUGCCAUCAUCUGUACCUUCGCCAAUGCCUCUUCCUCCUUCCUCCCUUCCUUUUUAUGCGCAGCAACAACCUCCCUCGCCGUUUUUCUCACCGAUUUCGGCUCCUGUUCAGUUUUGUCCUCAUCGACCCGCUGCUUCAUUGCCCGCUGAGCCUGCCUCUCCUGAACUUCUCUUUGAUUCGGAGAACCAGAGAAUCACAGAAGAAAUGGAUUGUAAGUGCCUGACGUCUCCCUCAAACCCAUUUCGGAAACUAGCUCCCUCAGUGCGAUUCUUUUGGGAAGGUGCAGUCGAGUGUUCCCUUGCGACUUUGUGGCCUCGAUUGCGACUCGCCCUUAUUAAAGUCAGAGUGUGACGAUCGGAAGCCAAAUUAGCCAAUAUUGAUGACUA